AGUUGGUCUAAUUGACUUUAAGGGACCCUAGACGGCUGCCUACCUUUGCCUUUAGCAUUGUGUCCGCCCAUGCAGAUCACCAUUCGUGACCGGGAUAGGAGCCAGAUUGCUCCAUGUUCUUUUUUGCUUUGAGGGAGUGGUAUGAAUGAAAGCAAACAUAAACUAAUCCGAACUCACUUUUCUCUGGUCUGUUGGGCUGACUGUUUCUCUUGUACUAUCAUUACCAUUACACAGAAUAAUUACAUCAGCUGUAGCCACUUCCAGGCAUUGAUCUGUAACUCGAAUCAAUCCUCUAGAGACACAAGGGGAUGAAAUAGUGAUCUAUGGUGGUGUGUGAGGGGAAAAACCUGACUUUCAGGCACCAUAGGAGUUCCAGUCUGUAGAAUAGUGGGACAGUUCCUGGUAUAGCUGCAUCUCUUCCUGCAAGCACAGCUUUCUAAGUGCUCUAAUGAGAUAGUGGGCAAGAAGAAAAGUCCAUGGGAUGCUGCAUGUGAGAAACGGGAAUAUGAAGAUGUGCGGCGUAUGUGUAACGAGUUUCUAAUUAAAGACACGGCGAUGUAAGCCCUCGAGGGACGACUCCUUCCGUCUGAGAACCUCAAUAAAUUGGCGAGAAUCGACGGCGAAUGUCUGGAGACGUUCAAAACGAGCGACGCGUGUCCUCGAGGAGCUUUCACUGGAAUUUUCUCAAGUCACGGAGACAUCAAAAGGGACUCUGACCUCUCAAACUUCCCACGCUUGAGCGUUUUAAAGGACGAUUCACUUUAAAGGAUAGCGCUCUCUCUCGCGAGCCUCGCGUGGGGUUUUAUAGACACCGGACGCUCGAGACUCAAUAAAACACAACGCGCGCUCAAUCGCCUCAGGCUGUGUCGAUUGAGGGAAAGAAACGCAGCAACACCAGGGUCCUCAGACUGCGUGAUCCAGGACUUGGGCAGUGCGGGACUUGCGCGCACUCUGGUUGCGGGAGCGAUGCGCGCGCUGCGGGCUCCGGUUCUAGUAAUGGGGCUCGUUAUGUUAAUCUGCACUGCUGCACAAAGCGACGCCAGCGUGAACAAAGUCGAGAAAACGUUCAGACGGAUAAAAGACAUCAUGAGACUGGCGGAAAACAGCGCCGACGACCCAAGCGCGCAAAAGAAAGAGGAAACUCGCCUCAAAACGGAAACCGGGGAAACAAUUUUAAAAAUCUUUCCCAGAGACGUCGAAAAGAGAAAGAAGGUUAUCAGGAUCUUAACAGGUCCUCUUUAUUUCAGUCCAAAAUGCAGGAAGCACGUCUACAGGCUUUAUAAUCACACCAGAGACUGCACCAGCCCUGCAUACUACAAAAGAUGCGCGCGACUUCUGACGCGACUGGCAGGGAGUCCGAGAUGUCAAGAGGGUUAACUUUACCAGGUUGAAGCCAAACCAAAGUGACCCAGAAAAAAUAAAACAGCAGUCAAAGUGCCUUUGGACAAGAGAAGAGAAUUUAAACCAACACGCAACAUUCCACAUAAUCAGCACAUCAAGUCCAGAACACUGCUCUGCCUCUCCGGAGAAUAGAUGUGGGAAAGAAUUGAUAUAGCAGUAAACGGACAGAAUAUAAUGGGAUGCACUUGCCCAAGGAUGGUCUGCUGGACUCAGCAUGGAGCCAAUGUUAAAACACAGGAUGACAGAGAAAGAAAACAGAAAACGCAUCUGGCACAUUGGGUUAUGAACCUCUCUGCCAAAAAACAAAACCAUUUUCCAUCGUUUCAUCACGAUAAAAGGGAUUGCCAUGCUUUUGUGUUUUGUUCUCAUCAGAUAUCAAGACUUGUCACAGUCAGUGCUGAUGUUUCGUUUGACAUGCCUCGAUGGGGUUACAAUUCCGAGCCGUGACCACAAAUUGUCUUCGUUCACUGCGACAAGAGAGAUUUGCUUUUCUCUGUGCUAGAACUGAAAACCAGUUAACUGCAUGAACGUUUCCUUUCGCUUCUGUUUGCCAGCAAACAGGUAGACUUUUGAGGUAAAUCCGUGAAAAGCUUUUUUUGUUUUUGUGUGAGACUGUGAGUGU